GGGCGGUGUCCAACACACGAAUAGAGGAGAGCUGGUGUGCACAGGCUCCACUUUUAUGCAUCAGUUGUUCGUGUUAAGGUGUCAAUGCCGAACUUACCUUGGAUUUGCAUUUUAUAUGAAAAAACACCACCAUUGUCUUUAUAACAAAACUCAGUUUUAAGCAUCAUCCAGAGUAUAGCAUACACCAGCGCAGUGUGUGUAAGUGUGGACCAGUGGACCCAGAAAAGUCUCCGUCAUGGGAGCGCAUAGAUGGAGCUCAGCGCGUCUUGGGUUUAUCGUUUGUGGAUAUUUCGCGUUUUUCUGCGGGGAAAUUGUUCCACGGGCUGAAGCGGGCUGCAGGGAGAGAGAGAGCCCAAACUGCUGCACCGGCCGGAACAACGAAUGUUUUGAGUACAGCAAGAGAAAAACAGUGUGCUACUGUGACACCUACUGUCAGAAAACCGGAGACUGCUGCGAGGACUACCAGCGUGUGUGUCAAAUAUCUGCAGCCAUUGACUGUGUGUUGGGAUCAUGGGGUCCCUGGUCAUCAUGCACAUCUUCAUGUGGAGUUGGCAGCACAGAGAGGAGUCGCCAAGUGUCUAUUCCCCCUAGAAAUGGCGGCACGCCCUGUCCUGACCUCAAACAGCGCCGGGGAUGCUUUGGAAACAAUGCCAUAUGCAGCACUGCGAAAGAGGUGGCAAAGAUCCUGCCUGAUUCUUUCAAGAGGAACUUCAAGGACCCUUGGAGGCGACCACACAUGCUGAUGAAGGAGGAGAAGGCCAGUUACUGUGUCUAUUUGCGGGUGAAACAGGCCAGUGCAGCAUGUAAACUUAAACUGUGGAGUGCUCAGCUGGUGAAAGAGAGGCUGGUCUGUGCAGAGUGUCAGAGUGAUGCCAUGUCAAAGUCAGACCGCUGUGGAGGAGACGGCCUAGAAAGCAUCAGAACGUUCUGGGCAGCAGCUUCAGUCCCGGGUUGUCAUGGUUCCUGGGUGAAAGCGUCGUCCUCUGUGGGCUGCCGCUGUCCUCCCUACUCUGUGCUCUUCGUGUGAGCUGACACGCAAACCCAAGACAUCCGUAUGCAGGGACAAGAUUUCCCUCAGCACCUCCUGCUAACUGUGGAGAGCCCUGCCAGCUAAGCCAGACCCCUCUGAUCCAGAUUACUGGAUGGGUAACUCAAGGAGAUCAGCAGCAUCCUGCCACUUUUUCCUAUCACCUCAUACUCUGUACUGUAUACACUAUUACUAAGCACACAGAAAUUCUUGCAUUUAACUUCAGAUCUUACAGCCACGUUAUGUACUUAUUCUCCCCCAAAGCACAGCAACAUCUAUAUGCCUUUUUACCUCUGAAUCUUUGCUAUCUACCUCCAUCAAUGCAAGUGCAUUUGUUAAUGCAUAAUGUAUAAAUAUAUAAAUAUAUUAUUUUGCUUUAUACAUUUUCUACUUUUGAUUGUUUAUAUGUUAUGUAUAUGUGUCUAUAUAGCUACACUUAUGUGUAUUCAACAAAUGCCAAACAGCAGUUGCUGCACCCAGUGUAAGCCCUAGCCAGGAUCCCUAAAUCACCUGCAGGUUGGAGAAGCUGAAAACUGGUUCAUCCAAAUUGUAUUCAUCGCUAGAAUCCUUGAGUCAAUAUAUCUGUGUUUUACAGUUUUGUCCCUGCUAUUAUUUCUUUUCAACAAAAACUUUUAUACCAGCAAGUCAAGUUGAAUAUCAGGUAUUGAUUCUCAGGUGCUGAGAUUUGCGUCUUUGUCUCCCAUCAAGCUUCCUCUUUCAUGUCUACCACCUCCGAUGGUCAGUGACUGAUGUUUUUAGGAGUUUAGAGUGACUCAUAGAUGAAAUCAGUCCCAUCUGUUUAGACCUUAUAUUGUUGGAGAGGAAAAAGAGCCAUUAAAAAUUAUUGUACUGUGGUUCUCUCUGUCCUCUGUGUCCAAGACUGAAAACAAUUGCUUCAUAACAAUGUUUUCUCUUACUCCCUGCCCUGCUCAGAAAUCCUAUUACCGUCAUGAGGGAGUUUUUAUUAGCAAAGUGUCAUCUAAUAUAUCUAUCGCAUACAGCCAUGUUACUCCCAUUUUAUUCAUUAACAGAACCUCCUCCCAGCACUCCCCACAUAUCCUUGAUCUGCACUUCUUUUUUUCUCUGCCCUCUACUGACUUGGUGUAUUCAUAAAAACCAGGAGUCAGUCAACUGGCUCAGUACGCCUUCCUGCAUCUCUUGUACUUCUGCUUUAAGAAGAGAAGUGUACUCCCAGUAAAGGGCUUUUCUCUCUGGAAAGCUGUGACUUUCUCUCUCCCAUGUCUGUGUCUGUGUGUUUAUUUAUUAUAAAACAAAUGAUGAUGUUAUUAGUGCAGCACAGCAUACUCUGUACACUGUCCAUUAGUGAAAAUAAACAACUAUACUGACAUUU